AGCACAGUUGCGUUUACAUCGAUACUGUGAAACUCAAACAGUCGCUAUUCAGUGACAGUUCACGAGAAGUCAGUCAGUUUUUCCGUUGUUUAAGUCUUUAUCUUCGACGAUAAUUAACUCCGAGAUGGCUGGAAAAGAUCUACAGACAUCGCAAUCAGCGCAUAAAGAGGUUGUGAACCUUAAGACGAUAAUGCACGAUAUGCCAACAGACAUGCGCCUGUUUUCACUUGCUAUGAGAUCGCUUUAUGCCCAGAGUGCUGUCGGUUCCAAUGCAGCAACAGCUCAAAAGUUCAGAAAACUCCGAGAUGACACAAGAAACGACGCCAUCGUAUACCUCAAAGGUGUCCUCCCUCUGUCCACCAACUUUGUUGCAUCCAUAAGUGAGUACUUUGAGUACUAUGAGAGCCUGGAUUUCGAAGAGUGGUGUGAGAUGCUGUCCGACAUCCUCAAAGAGACCACUGCCUUCAGGGAACUGGCAGAGACACUCGUAAAGAUGCAUGAAGAUAUUCUGGUACCUCUUAAGAAAAGACAGGACGAAGCAAAUGUUGUCCUCCGGGAGUUUGAAGACCUCCAACAGGAAUUUGAAAAGAAGCAAAAAGAACUUGAAGAACGCGCUGCGACUAAGCGUGCCUGGGCGGUUGGGCUUUUUUUCAUUCCUUAUGUCAAUGUGGUCGCAACCCCUUUGUUAGCAGCUUUAGCAGCUUCGGAUACGGUAGAAGCAGUUGCUAAAGGUGCAGAAUCCAAAAUACAAGAAGCUGCCUCACUCACGGUCAGCAAUACUCUAAUCCCAGCUCUUGAAUCCUUUAUCAGUGGUCUCACUAAGGCAGCAGGAUUUUUCUCCAUAGUGGAGAAUGAAUUGAAGAAGUUUGAAGGCAAGGCCCACAAAGGCCUAGAGGAUCCAAAGAAGCUACACUACACUAUGAUGAAGAAGGAAGCCAAAGAGAUGAAAUCGAUCUGCCAAGGCUUCUAUGCAAUGCUGCCAGCGGUGAGGAGCGAUUUUGAAGCCAUUCCCACAGAGGGAACAGACCAGAACUACGUAGACAGGUGGCUGGAAGAACAGAAAAAGGUAAUCAAGGAAAAAGUAAGUAUCGCGAAGCUUGCACGAGAUCUGCUGAAAUCUAUAGCUGGUCCUGCAGACCCUUCCACUGAUGAUCAGAAAGCCCUGCAGAACUGACCGAACGCAAUGAUGCACAACUGUGUUUAGUGUGUAUUGCAACAGUUUUCUUUACAUUCAUAGCAGAUGACCUCUUUAUAACCGAAUUUCUUAGCGUUGUGUGUGAAUUUAGUUUGUCAUGUGUUGAUAUAUAAAUCGCUGCUUUUAUUUACCAUAGAUUUGCAACCAAAUACGGAUAGAAAGUUUUUUGUAUAGGAAUGUUUUCCUUUUAUAUAGUGUCUUAGAAUCAGUUGUUUUGCUCACAAGUGACCUUCGUUUAGUAACACAUUUUUGGCAAUAAAAUAUUAAGUGCCUGUAGUUAGUUUUCAAGGCUGAUAUCAUUUUAUGAUACGGAUAAAUACGAACGAACCUAGAAUUGUACUUUAAAACUUUCUUUGCACAUUGUUCCGGAAAUUAUUGUAGCUUUCAGUCGUUUCGGUUUAUAGAGUUGAAAUCGGCCUUUUUGGCCAUGGCUUGAGUGUACUAAUUAGUGUUCAUUAGUUUUUUGGUUAGUUUUUCUUUUUAUUUGACGUAAGCAAUUGCUGUGGCUAUAACAAUGUCUCUAUUCCACUGUAUUUACCUUCAAUAGCUAUUGAGGUCGUUUUAAAUUCAUAAUUCCGAGCUUUGAUAAAUAGAAAUUACGUUUAAAAGCCAACAGCAGCUUAUUAGCCAAAAAUCAAUCUGUUGCCUAAGGUAUUGUUACGUUUAAGAAGCGUGCUUAAAAUAUUGUCAUCGAUUGUUCCAUUAUAGUUUCGAAGCUUUUGUAUUCGUAAAUCUGUUAGUAAAAAUGGUCGAACUCAGUUUUGUAGAAGCGUUACUUUGGCAGCAGUUAAUUUUGCUCUUGAAUAUGCAUUUUCUGUCACAUAAAAUUUCAGUUAUAACCGAUAAGUUGUUUAUAUUGUCAUAAACCGCUCGUAUCCUCCUUAAGAAUUUGUGAACUUUCCACUGAGUAGUUUUAAUUGCUUAGGCUGUUUUAAUCUAGAGUAUUUUAGAAUGUAUUCUACCGGCCAUAAAAACGAAUAUUUGUAACAUUACAACUGAAGCUGUUGAGUUAAGUUGGAAAUUUUAUUUAAGUUGUAUGCGCUGUCUUCAUUUUUUUUUACCUAGUAAUUGUUUUUCAGUCGCAUCUAUAUGUUAGCGCAUUUGUUGUACUCUAUGAACAAUGAACGCUGGUACGAAUCGUACAUAAGCAACCACGCUUGUAAUGCUCUUUCGAUAACGUUCACCGAGUGAAUAAACUGCUGUUGGAACCAAAGCCGA